UCCUCCGACAGAAAUUGUUUGCGGAUUUUUUUCCGAAUUGUUCAAAUUAUAAACAAAAUGCCACGAGGAAACGAAAAAACAACAACCAAACAAAUCGAGCAUUUGGUUAAUUUAAUGCAAGAAAAACCCGAUAUAGCAAGAAAUUACACGAAAAGGUCCACAGAAGAUGUUGCUGCAUUUUGGGAAGAGGUUGCUGACAAACUCAACCAACUGGAAGGACGUCAACGAGAUGUAGCUGGUUGGAAAAAGGUUUGGAGCGACCAUAAGACGUACAUAAAAAAAAAGUUGGCGGCAAAUAAAAAGGAGAUCACGGGCACAGGUGGUGGUCCCCAUAAACAGAAAUCGUUCAUAGCCUUGAUACAUUCCAACGAUUCUGUUAAUGGCAUUGGAGCAAAAUCGUUUGGAACAGGUAAUGAUAAUGAACAAGCAGCCAGUGAACCAUCAUCACCAAACACAACUGCAGCAGAUGCAGAGAACAUCGAAGGUGAUAGAAACUCUAACUCGAACUGCCGACAAAAGACUCUGUCGUCUAUUCAACUUCUUAGGAAGCAGGUUGAAAAUCAGUCGUCUUAUUACGACUAUAUGAAAACUUCCCUUCAGGCCGCAUCAAAAGCAUUGCAGGACACCACAAAUAUCUUGCGGGACACAGCUAAAACCUUUCAAGACUUAGCAGUACAUCUCAAAAGGGUGUAUAGAUCGGUGGAAUAUACGGGUGAAAUAGAAAAUAAAAAGCUUAAAGAGAUGCAAUUUCACAACGCUGAGAUGCGAAAAAUUGCAAUGAGCAAACUUGAAAUCAAGGCCAAAAUUCUUGAAAUUGAGAUUUCAAGAACUAAUGUCAUGUUGCAAUGA